UGAUCAGCUGUGUCCAGUCACAGCUGAUCGCGAGCUGUCACACUGACAGAGGAGAGCCGGUAAUUGGCAUUCCUCAGAGGGGACAUCUACACUGAUCAUCAGGGCAUUGAUGAUCAGUGUGCCCUGAUGAUCAGUGUAGCCACAGCAGUGUUACCUGUCAGUGUCCAUCAGUGCCAUGUGUCAGUGCUCAUCCACGCCACCUGCCAGUGCCACAUUUCAGUGCCUACCAGUGCACAUCAAUGCCACAUAUCAGUGCCCAUCUGAGCUACCUUUCAGUGUCACCCAUCAGUGCAGUCAGUGCCACCUAUCAAUGCCAGUCAGUGUCAUGUAUCAGUGCUGCCAAUCAGUGCCGCCUAACAGUGCCAGUCAG